UUUUGUGUCACUGCCCCUCGCUGAUAUAAGUCUCCCUCCGUCCUGCCUCCCUCCAUCCACUCUCUCCAUGAUCAGCUGCAGCCAUGGAAAUCCUUGCGGUGUGUUUGGCUGUUUGUUCUGCACUCUUGGCAGUAUGCCAUGGUUGCUCUACAGGAAAGGAGUUCAUCACAACAUUUCUUCCUAAUUACGAGGGUGCUUUUGUUGAUCACAGACUUCAUGUGGUUCUGACUGCUCAGGGCUCUGCAGCCAAUGUUCACAUACAGGUGGGUUCAGUGUCUUUCUCCAGCCGGCUGACUCUCUCUGCAGGUGAAAGCCGUUGGGUUUCUCUGCCAUUUGGAUGCGAGCUCAAGGAGCAAUUUGUUACUGCAAACUCAGCGGUUCGAAUCUCAUCUAGUACUGCAAUCUCUGUGGUCUCUUUCAACCAACGCCACGCCACAGGGGAUGGCGCGGUGGUUUCCCCAACAGAAGAGCUGGGCACUGACUACUUUGUGUACACGCCCACAGGAAGCGUGCCUAGCAUGGACAGUCUACUGGCUAUCGUUAAUGGCAAUAGCCAGAACCAGAUCAUCAUCGUACCUGGUGCUGAUGUGUCACUGAGAGGUGGGUCUAGGUGGCAGUGUGGGACGGCAGUGACCAUUAACCUGGCACCCUACGCAUCCUACCUCGUACGAAGUCAUACAACUUUGACAGGCAUGCGGAUUCGAUCCCAGCAGCCUGUUGCUGUCCUAGCAGGCCACCAGUGUCUGGCGUUGGGUCACACAUGUGACCAUGUAUAUGAACAGCUCCCCCAUGUGGCAAGCCUGGGUAAAGAAUACAUGGUACCCUGGACCGGCAGCUCUAAGGCUACAAACUGGGCAGUGAUUGUAGCUGCUGAAGGCAACACUGAGGUGACAGUGCACAAGGACCAUAACUUAGAAAAACAGAGGCUGCCGACAGCUGGGAGCGUCACCUUGCAGACAUUGAUCAACAAACAGCCACUGGUUGUCAAGAGCAACAAGAAAGUAAUGGUGCUGCUUCUCAGCAACAACUUGCCAAAUGACCCCUUUCUAAUAACACUGACUCCUUCCUGCAAGCUUGCCAGUGAUUGGACGGUGGAGACAGUGAAUGGAUUUGACAAUGAUGUUGCCAUCCUGUCAGAGAGGCAGGGGGCCGGCAGUGUGAAGGUGUGUGUGGAGGGACUGUGCCAAACACCUAAGUGGAGCGACUUCCUGUCAGAUAAGGGCUGGGUGUGGUCCAACGUACCACUGGGGAAACGGCAGAGUCAUGUCAAAGUGCAAGGUGACGCCCGAAUGGCAGUCUACGCCUACGGGGGAAUAUUCUGGCAUUCAUAUGGCAUUUCUGGAGUUUGUUCUGGAGGUGGUGCCCCCCCUCCUACACCAGCCCCGGAUCCCUGUGAAAAAGUGAAAUGUCGAGUGAAGGAGCGAUGUGUGAAUGGAAUAUGCGUCCAUGUUUCUACAGCUACCUGCCAGGCAGAGGGUGACCCCCACUAUAUGACAUUUGAUGGCCGACCCUUUGACUUCCAGGGUUCCUGCACUUACAUUAUGACAACAGUUGCAAAGACGGCAUCUGGCCUUGUGCCUUUCAAUGUGACAACCAAGAAUGACCAUCGAGGUAACCUUCACGUUACGUAUGUGAGGACUGUAACUGUCAGUGUUCACGGGCAGACAAUUAUCAUCGGCAGACACAAUGGAAAAGUAGAGGUGAAUGGAGAACUUCAGUACUUGCCUGUCACUUUGUUGGGUGGAAAGGUCUCUGUACAGCAGAGUGGAAUCUAUGCCUCCCUCACCACUGACUUUGGCCUGAGUGUUAAAUAUGAUUGGAACAUGAGGCUGUACAUCACAGUGCCAUCCUCCUACUAUGAAAACCUGGGAGGCCUCUGUGGAAACUACAAUGGAGACAAGAGAGAUGACCUGCCCGAACCAACAGGUUCCAGUCUCUCAGCUGUGCUGAAAAUGAUCCAGAUGUGGAAGGUGGAUGACAAGUCCGACCUGUUCUGUAGUGAUAACUGUGCUGGUCGCUGUCCCCAGUGUUCACCAGAGCAGCAGACACACUUCCGCCAACCCAGUCUCUGUGGGAUUCUGAGCGUGUCAGAUGGACCAUUCUCAGCCUGCCACAAAGAGAUUAACCCCUCUGUGUACCUGGAUAACUGCGUCUACGAUGUCUGUAUCAAUAAAGGUGCAAGACAAUUGCUCUGUGAUAACCUGAAGAGUUAUCAAGAUGCCUGUCUGUCAGCAGGAGUGAAAGUCAAUGCUCAGUGGAGAAUGGUCACCAAAUGCCCCCUUUCUUGUCCAGCAGGUAGCCACUAUGAGGCGUGUGGCUCCCCCUGCCCAGCCUCCUGCGUGGCUCCAGACAGUGAGAAGCUGUGUAAAGGCCCCUGUGUGGAGGGAUGCAGCUGCAAUCCAGGAAUGGUGCUGAGUGGAGACAGAUGUGUUCCUCAGUCUAGCUGUGGAUGUACGUAUCAGGACAGAUAUUACCCAGCAGACACCACUUUCUGGGGCGAUAACACCUGCACCACCAGGUGUAAAUGCCUUAACGGGAAAGCCAAGUGCACAUCGGUGACCUGUAAGAAGAACGAGCUCUGUGCCUUGAAGGGGGGGGUUAGGGACUGUUACCCAACAUCCUAUGCAACAUGCGAGGGCUCUGGAGACCCCCACUACCAAAGCUUUGACAAGUGGCGGUUUGAUUUCCAGGGUACUUGUACCUAUGUCCUGUCUCAACUCACCAAGGGAUCAUACCAGGACCUGGAACCGUUCCAAGUGCUGGUCCAAAAUGAGAACAGAGGGAGUAACAAGGCUGUGGCCUACACCAAGUCCGUCUCUCUUACUGUAUUCGGUAACAUCACUGUCAGCAUGAGUCGUGCCAGCGUGGGGAAAAUACUGGUAAACAGCCAAUCAGUGAACCUGCCUUACUCCACGGAAGACGGAAAGCUUUCCUUGUUCCGACGUGGCUUCUUUGGCAUUGUGACGACAUAUUUUGGUUUGACGCUCAGCUUCGACUGGAACAGCUACGUCAGCUUGACGCUGCCCAGUUCAUUCUCUGCUGCUACAACUGGCUUGUGUGGAAACUACAAUGGCAAACCUGGUGAUGACUUAAUGAAACCAGAUGGCACCCAGGCUAAACACAUUAAUGACUUUGGACACAGCUGGAAGGCAGGAGGCAAAGCUGGCUGCACGAGUGACUGUCCUAAUGGUAAAUGUCCUGAGUGUGAGCCUGCACUGCUACUGCGUUACCAACAGCAGCGCUACUGUGGCAUCAUCGCUGACAAGCUUGGACCCUUUAGACAGUGUCACGCUAAACUGGAUCACACCCCCUUCCUCAAAAACUGUGUUUUUGAUUUGUGCAUGUACCAAGGCCAUGCCUCGGCCCUGUGCAACAGCCUAUCAGCUUUCAGCACCUCUUGUCAACAGGCCAGAGCUACAGUGGAGAGUUGGAGAACUGAACAGUUUUGUCCUCCGUCAUGUGUUGCAAACAGUCACUAUGAUCAGUGUGCCCCCCCCUGCCAGCCCACUUGCAGUGGUCUGGGCCCCCCUAAGGGCUGUGACGAGAGCGCGCCCUGCACAGAAGGCUGUGUGUGUGACGAUGGAUUCAUGCUGAGUGAUGACAAGUGUGUCCCUCUGGCAGAGUGUGGCUGUCAGUACGAAGGACAGUAUUAUCGAAUUAGACAGGUGUUCUAUCCAGGACAGUCAUGUAACAAUCGCUGUGUAUGUUCAGAAAGUGGAGUAGUACAGUGUGAUCCUAAAUUCCGCUGUUCAGCCAAUGAGAAAUGUGUUGUGAAAGGAGGUUCCGCCUCCUGUUCCCCCAGCAGUAAAGCUUCCUGCUCUGUGAGUGGAGUCCGAACAGUCAGGUCAUUUGAUGGACAGGCAUAUCCUCUGUGGGGAAACUGUCUGUUCUUGUUGGCAGCAGUGGAGGGGAAGGAAGGAGGGACGACAGCCUUCUCUGCCUAUGUACAACAGAAGACCAAUAAGGAUGGCUCCGUCUCCCGCAGUGUGGAGCUCCAGGUUUACAACAUAGAAAUCACUAUGGAGACCGGGGUUGUAUGGGAAGUCAAGGUUAAUAAUGUCAGAGUCUCCCUUCCUGUGUCACUGGCUGACGGAAAAGUGCAAGUGAAUCAAAAUGGCAUCCACAUCAUCAUUGAGACUGACUUUGACCUGAAGCUGACCUAUGACAGUGUGGCGGGCGUGCUCUUACAAGUCCCAUCCACCUAUCGCAGCUCACCACGCGGUCUCUGUGGCAACUAUAACGGCAACCUGUCUGAUGACUCGGCAUCAGCUGCAGUUUGGCUGGUAAAGAAAGAUAACACUGUAUGUGAGGCGAGCUGUGGUGCCACUUCCUGCCCGGGGCCAGAUCCACAGAAGGUUCCGGAAGCCCAAAAGGACUGUGACAUCAUUAAAGCCCAGCAGGGCCCAUUUGCAGGUUGCCACUCAACAGUGCCCCCAACUCCCGACUACGACGCUUGUGUCAGGGAGAUGUCCACAGGCAAAGGAAGUGUGGACAUCCUUUGUCGUCACAUCCAGAAUUAUGUCACCGCCUGUCAACUAGCCGGCACAACGAUAAGCAAAUGGAGGAGCGACAGCUUCUGUCCUGUGCGAUGUCCCGCAGGAAGCCACUAUGAGCUGUGCUCCUCCGCCUGCUCCUCCACCUGCUCCUCCCUGCAGAGGUACAAUCCCUGCCCACUGUGCCAGGAGGGCUGCCAGUGUGACGACAGCCUCAUGUCUGACGGAGGCCGCUGCGUCCCGGUGGAGCAAUGUGGCUGCGUGGUGGGGGGGAAUUAUUACAAGUCGGCUACGUCAGUGUUGCGGAACGACUGUACAGAGCGCUGCGUCUGCCAGUCUGGACAGUUCAGCUGCAACUCCACCAAAUGCCAGAAGGGCGAGGAGUGUCGCAACCGCAAUGGAAUCGUUGGCUGUUACUCCACAGACCCCUGUGCUGAGGUCCAAUGCAGGGUAAAGGAGCACUGUAAGGUGUCAGAAGGCCAAGGAGUGUGUAUUCCUGAUUCCAAUGCCAUAUGCUGGGCUACAGGUGACCCCCACUACAGAACGUUUGACGGCUGGGACUACUCAUUCCAGGGAACCUGCACCUACGUCCUCGUCAACACCACAGGGCUUGAUCCGUCCCUGCCGAAGGUAACUGUGACCAGCAAGAAUGAGCUCCGUGGGAACGAUGUAGGCUCCUUUGUGCGUUCAAUCACUGUGGAGAUGUUGGGCCACCGUAUAUUCAUCCCGACUGACAGAGGCGUCAUAUUGGUGGAUGGGAUUAAGACAAAGCUUCCUGUCCUUCUUGAAGCAGGCAGCAUCUCUAUAACACAAUCUGGAAUUAAAUGCAUAAUCCAAAGUAAUUUUGGCAUUAUGGUCACUUUUGAUUGGUCCACACAAAUCAUGGUGUCCAUCAGCAGCAGUUACUAUGGUAAUGUCGGUGGGCUCUGUGGCAACUACAACGGCAACAAGGAGGACGAGCUGGCAGCCGCUGGAGGCAGCACAGCUGUGAAUGUGACCCAGUGGGCGGAGCUGUGGAGCAUCGAGGACUACGACCCAUUCUGCUACCAUUACUGCGAGGGCAAGUGUCCUCAGUGCUCCGACAAGGACCGCAUAAGGUACACCGGUCCAGAGUACUGUGGGAUUCUGAGUGAUACAAAGGGACCUUUCUCUGGCUGUCAUGAUAGAGUGCCGGUACAAAAGCCUGCUUCCUACUGUCUGUAUGAUGUCUGCACUAAUGAAGGACGGAAAGAAGUGCUGUGUGAGGCCCUGAGCAACUACCUGGCAAAGUGCCAGAAUGCUGGAGCAUCAGUGUUGCCAUGGAGACAAUUGGUCAACUGCUCUAUUGUAUGUCCCGCCCACAGCCAGUACAAAGUGUGCGGCUCUGCCUGUCCACCCAGCUGUGGACCCCAGCCAGAGGUGUGUCCUGAGGUCUGUGUGGAGGGCUGUUUCUGUGACCCGGGAUAUGUGCUCAGUGGAAAAGAGUGUGUUAUUAAGGAGAAGGGCUGUGGCUGUAACCACAACGGCCGCUACUACCUGCCUGGCGACGUGUUCUGGGCAGACUCGCUGUGUAACGAGAAGUGUGUGUGUGAUGCAGCGACACAGAAGGUGCAGUGUAAGCGCACCGCCUGUCGAACCGGAGAGAAGUGCAGCGUUGUGGACGGAGUCCAGGACUGUUACCCAAUCGGCUUUAAGUCUUGCACUGCGCACGGAGAUCCACACUUUCAGUCCUUCGAUGGACGCAAGUUUGACUUCCAGGGCAACUGUGUCUACAAGCUGGCCAGUGUGUGUGGAGAUACGACGGGUCUGACGUACUUUGAGGUGAAACUGCAGAAUAACAACCGUGGCAGCAAAAGAGUGUCAUACGCUAAAGUGGUGACUGUUAAAGUCUACGGCAACACAUACACACUGUCAGUGGACUACCCAGGCAGUGUACUGGUGGACGGGCUUCAAAACUCCCUUCCAUUCUCCAAUCAAACACUGGUCCAGGUUUAUCGUCAACACAGACUGGCUGUCAUUGAGACACAAUUUCUAAAGGUCUCCUUUGACUUUGCGAGUGCAGUGAGGGUGGAGGUGGCCACCAGUUAUCAAAGUGUAGCCUGCGGCCUUUGUGGAAAUAUGAACAAUAACCCUGCUGAUGACCUGAUGUUGCCCAAUGGGAAGCUGGCUUCCAAUGCCAAUGAGUUUGGAGUGAGCCAAUGGCUGGCAAACGUGGAGGGCUGCUCCCAUGAGUGUAAAGACUGUGCUUUGCCGCUCCCCCCUGACUUUAAACCACCCAGCUACACAUCCGUCUGUGAUGUCAUAACGGCGAAGAACGGCCCCCUGGCUGACUGCGUGGGCCGAGUAGAUUCCCAGCAGUACCGGGACGACUGUAUCUAUGACAUGGUGCUUAACGAGGGCAAAGAGGAAGCAGCCUGUGACAUCAUCAGUGACUAUGUGGAAGAGUGUCACAGAAAAGGAGGCUGCGUGAAGUCAUGGAGGACCAGGCGCUUCUGCUGGAUGCGGUGUGCAGCUAACAGUUUGUACAGUGUCACAGCUCCUGGCUGUCCAAUCAGCUGCACCUCUCCAUCUCCCCCCGCUGAGUGUAAGACCCCCCCCAGCGAGGGCUGUGUGUGUAACCCUGGUUACCUGCUGAGUCAGGCUGGCUGUGUGCCCCUGGCUGAGUGCGGCUGCCAAUUCGACGGCCGGUACAUCGUGUCUGGUAAGACCUUCUACGCCGACUCGGGCUGCCAGCGCCUCUGUGCGUGUAACGGUGGGACGGUCUCCUGUGAGAACAAACCCUGCCAAAGUAAGCAGAGCUGUAGAGUGCAGAAUGGAGUGAGGGGAUGCUACGCCGACAUCUGACGUCGUCACAAAACAGGAUAGAAGAGGGACGACUUCUCUUAAUUUAAUCUAUUUUAGGUAGAAUAUAUCCAGCAAUGCUGCGUUUCCAAUGAUUAUAGUUAUAGAUUAUUCUGCGGUGACUGCGUCUACUUGUUUCACAAUUAAAGAUAUAAACAAUUGUCAAAAAUCUGAUCUUAAAAGGUAUCCUCCUAUUUUAAUGUGUAAUAAAGCAUGUAUCAAUCAUCUGAUUAAUUUCUGUCACUCUGCUGCUUACAAAAUGCAUGUAUUGCAGUAACAAUGUAUUCCAGGUUACAUAAUGUACUUAGAAUACUGUGUGUUACGGUUACUACCACUUGGUCAUGUGACUUCACCGUAGAACUACCUGAUAAAGACUCUGUGACAGUGUGCAAUGUUUGUAAGCCCCUUCCUUUCUUCCUUCCUCAUGAAUAUGCAGUAACAUGUACGGUUCAUUUCAGUCUUUACUCAUUUCUAAAGAUCAUUAAACAUAUUUCAGCAACGUCA